CUGGUGGCUGCAAUGCAACGGGGAACUAACCCAAGUUAUUGGUUGUUUUUUGUCCAAUAGAAGGUCUGGUUGAAAGCGCAAGUAUUCCGCUCUGUUGUGUCUUUCUUCCCGUGCUGUCAGCCAUUAUCGUUUUGUUUGCCGGGUGGGUGUGAUUGGUGGCAAGUGACAUUUGAUCGUACUGAAACUUGAUUGAUGCUGUAUCAUGUACAGCAACGGGUUCUCGAAUAACAUGUACAGAGGAGACAGAGAUCAGUUGAAGAGUCGGUAUUGGGCAAAUCAGCAGAGCACUCAAAACGGACAAACUGAAAAGACAAAUGUAAAAGGAAAGCAGCCUGGUGAGAACCUGAAGAAACCUCAGUGGGACUUGAAUAAUCUGCAGCCUUUUUUGAAAGAUUUUUAUGUUCCUCAUUCAGAUGUUGCAAACAGAUCUCUCGAUGAUGUAAGGAAGUACAGGGAUGGUAAAGCUAUCACUGUGAAAGGAAAUAAUGUCCCACAUCCAAGCCAGUAUUUUGAAGAAGGAAAUUUUCCAGAUUAUGUCAUGCGAGAAAUCCUAAAACAAGGUUUUGCUGAGCCUACAGCAAUUCAGGCCCAAGGCUGGCCAAUUGCUUUAAGUGGAAGGGACAUGGUCGGAAUUGCUCAGACUGGAUCUGGAAAGACCCUUGCUUAUAUGUUGCCUGCAACAGUUCAUAUUAACCACCAACAGCGUCUCAAUCGUGGUGAUGGUCCCAUUGUUUUAAUUCUUGCACCAACACGUGAGCUUGCACAGCAGAUCCAGACUGUCGCUAGAGACUUUGGGACUUCGUCUCUUAUUCGAAACACAUGCAUUUUUGGAGGUGCUCCUAAAGGGCCCCAGGCUCGAGAUUUGGAACGUGGUGUAGAAAUUGUUAUUGCCACUCCGGGCCGCCUGAUUGAUUUCCUGGAGAGAGGAACUACCAACCUGAAGCGCUGUACUUACCUUGUCCUGGAUGAGGCAGACAGGAUGCUUGACAUGGGAUUUGAACCACAGAUACGCAAGAUCAUUGAGCAGAUUCGGCCUGAUCGACAAGUUUUGAUGUGGUCUGCAACAUGGCCCAAGGAAGUUCAGACUUUAGCUGAGGAUUUCUUGAAUGAUUACAUCCAGGUGAAUAUUGGGUCACUACAACUUGCUGCCAAUCACAACAUAAUGCAGAUUGUGGAGGUGUGUCAAGAGCAAGAGAAGGAAAUGAAGCUAUCCAAGCUGCUGAGAGAAAUUGGUGUGGAAAGGGGAAAUAAAACGAUAAUCUUUGUUGAAACCAAGAAGAAGGUUGAUGACAUUACAAAAGCCAUUCGACGAGAAGGCUGGCCAGCUAUUAGUAUUCAUGGGGACAAGUCACAACCAGAGAGAGAUUAUGUCUUAACAGAGUUCCGCAAUGGAAAAUCACCCAUUUUGGUUGCAACAGAUGUGGCUGCUCGAGGGUUAGAUGUUGAAGAUGUGAAGUAUGUCAUCAAUUUUGAUUAUCCCAACACAUCAGAAGACUACAUCCACCGCAUUGGACGCACAGGGCGCUGCAACUUGAGUGGUACUGCAUAUGCAUUCUUCACUCCAAACAAUGCACGCCAAGCAAAGGAACUCAUAGCAGUACUGGAAGAGGCAAACCAAACCAUCAACCCAAAAUUGGCUGAAUUAGCAAAUGUCGCUAGGUCCACGUUUGGAGGUAAAGGACGAAAUCGCUGGAACAACCGUAACAAGGACAGUGGAAAUUCUGUGUCAAGUCAGAAUGGUACGAGAAACACUGGAUCUGUUUGGAACCAUGAGCGUUCUCAGAAUGGCAACACUCAGGAGUACCGGCAGUCAGGAUUAUCUAGGUUUUCAAGUGGAAAUAGCAGCAGUACAAGGAGUGGUUCUGAGAGCUACAGGAGCAGUGGAUACAGCCCACAACAGAAUUGCUAUGGCCAACAGAAUGGUUACUCUCAGCAGAAUGGGUAUACCCAGCAAAAUGGGUAUGGGCAACAGAAUGGUUACAGUCAGCAAAAUGGGUACAACCAACAGAAUCCAUACAGUCAACAGAAUGGAUGUUCAGGUGCACGCUCAUAUGGAGGCCAGGGUCCACGAGGAGGAUAUCAAGGCCAGAGGUUCAACAACCGCACUCAGAAUUAUAAUGGAGCCCAGGCAUCAGCCCCAUCACCCCACCAAGGGAUGUACUCAGUACCUCCCCCCUUCAUGCUGCCGAAUAACACAGAUGCCAACAUGCAGAGCAUUCUGAGCAACAAGUUCUUCCAGUCAACCCGCCCACCUCCCCAGGCUAACCCCUGUGCCUACCAGAGCAUGGCUGCCAGUGCAUUCAGUCAGUAUCAACCCAUGCCAUAUGCAUAUGGCUAUGGACAGCCAGCUGCCGUACAACAAUAAGCCCCCAACCCAUCCACCUAGGAUGAUCUGCUUGGUUUAUAUUCAUUAUCGCUUUUUGAGAUGCAUAACUUCAUACUUUUUUUUGUUCAAUAUAUUUCACUGUAGGAAGAAUUCCAGUUAUCUUAAAUAUCUAAUAAUCUUAAUAUUAUCGGUGUGUGGGAAGUAAAUUUCCUUUUUAUUUCAGUAUUUGCUGUUUUGAGAAAAUUGAAUGGCCACAUUCCACUUUGAUUUUGUUUUCUGUCACUGUAACUGUUUGUAGAGUUCCAUAAUAUUUCUGUAUGCUGUGGAGAUGCACGAAACAUUCAGAAGGGGGGUGGGUUGGGGGCAAAGAUUUUAUUUUAUGUAAUAAUAAGCCAUGUCAUGGUUCUGGCAAAGAGCACAGAUAGUGUAUAAACAAUGUAUAUAAGAGCCUAAAUGUGGCAGAUAUUUAUCUACGUUGUCAGAUAGUGCGAUGGAUCCAUGCAGUCCUUCGUAGUAAAGUUCUCUUGUAUGCGUAUCAGAUCAAGUGCUCUGCGUUCUUUCCAGUGCCAAUCUCAUUAUUUAUUGUAACUUCCUAUCAAAGCAUCGGAAAUGAUACGGAUGAGUAACAAUAUUUAUUUGCGGCAAGACGCCGUAAAGCACAGUGUGUGUCAAUGCUUUGUCUUUGUUGACUUUUGUGUUUUUGACUGUUUUCACUGAAAGGUUGUUUGUCAGAUUUAAAUGUUCCUUAACCCCCUCAAGAUCUGUCCACCCUCAAGGGUCGUGUACAUAGUAGUCUAAAGAGUUCAAAUAUUGUGUAAAUUAUGUGUAAGUUAAGCCACUGAUUGUGGUAUGUAACUCAAUUACACUUUGUACUGUGAUAUGUAAGAUGUAGCAGGUAAUUUUAAACUUAAGCUGCAAGUCCAAGAGAAAGGUCGGUAGAACCACACGCAACAACGAUGCACAGCAGUAUUUUGAUAAGGGAACAUAAUCUUUUUUAAGUGUAGUUUAUAUAGUAUGUGAUAUUUUCCUCAAAGACUGAUAACUCUGAAAGGAAUAUAUUUUAAAUCACUUCUAUCUUAAGAUUUUACAAAACUAAGUUGGAGCUACAGCUUUUCAACAAGUGUUUUGUAUGGACUUUGUUUUUUCUACCAAAUUACAUUGAUACCUUGUGAUUUGUUUUACCUUGCUCAUGUUAUGAUUUAUGUUUCACAAGGUGGACUUAAACUAGGUAAUGAAAGUAGUUAGUGAAGUACGAGAGUGAGUGAAUGGUUCAUGGUGAACUGGGGAAGUCUUUCUCCGCCAACCUUUCUCAUUGGAAGAGACGAGCAAAAUGUUUGAGAGAGUGCAGUCUAUUAGAUUGUGCAAGUGUUAACAUUUGUCUAUACUCACUGUACUUUUGGAUAUCAUGUUGUUGUAUGGGAAGCUUGUAAAAUUAGCAGUUGCUGCUGCUGGUUUUUGACCAUGACAAAGUAAUAUAUACAUAUUAUAGUGCGACCCUUGUGCACGUGAUAGAUAUAUCUUCCUGGGAGUCAAGGAAGUAGCCAACUCUUCUGUAGGUUUCCUUAAAAGUGCAUUUCUUGUAUGUAAUACAGUAUUAUGUUAGUAAAGUAAUUAAUUACAGUA